AGUGAUGAAUUAUUUUUAAGGCUCUUCUCAUGUCAUGUCCGAACAAUCUUGAAAUAGAUUGUAAAUACAAUUGGUUAAUUCUUUUAAAACCAAUGAAUGAAGUUAGAUUAUCGUUCAAUACAGAUACAUUAUUAUCUUCAGUUAUCUGUCUAAUCUAUUUUAUAUAUAAAUAUAAAAUGCGGUGGACGUGUAAUAUGUUAUAAUAAAAGCAUAAUGAAAUUUAUUUUGUUAUUUAAAUUUAAUUAGGUGUAAACAGGAAAUAACGAGGCCACAAGGCCAAUCGAAGCCAAUCGAAAAUGAUAUCGAUAGGAAAUAACUAGGGCAUUCUUUGGAAGCACGAAUAUUCAACGUGUCAGUUCAACGUGGGCAAAAAUUUCACAAAUGGCAGAACUGCUUGUGAUUUGAAGAUACUCAAAUGCUCUUUGAAAAACUUAUUUGUUUCUUGUAUUUUUAAUAAAAAUGUAGUUUGUGGAAAAAUAUUUGUAAGUUAUUUCACGAAACAAAUCUAUCAUCAACAUGAAUAAAACUUCACAAAAAACUAUACAAACAUUGAAGUAUGUGAGCUUAAUUACUCUCACGCUUCAAAAUGCUAUGGUUGGUCUCAGCAUGCGAUAUUCGCGCACUAGAGCAGGAGAUAUGUUUCUAUCUUCGACUGCUGUUGUGAUGGCAGAAGUAGUAAAAUUGUUUACCUGUCUGGUAUUGGUAUACAUCGAAGAAGGAAGCUUUGAGAAAUUUUACAAAACAUUACAUAUGACAAUCGUGAAGCAGCCUAUCGACACUCUGAAAGUUUGUGUGCCAUCCCUUUUGUAUAUUAUACAAAACAAUUUGCUUUAUGUGUCUGCAUCUAAUCUGGAUGCAGCUACGCAUCAGGUUACAUAUCAAUUAAAAAUUUUGACAACAGCAUUUUUUGCAAUGACGAUAUUACGUAAAUCUUUACGUACAACUCAGUGGAGUGCUCUAGUGCUUUUGGUCAUAGGAGUGGUUCUCGUUCAAUUGGCUCAAAGUGUGAAAGCAUCUGUACCCUCUGGUAUCGAACAGAAUCAUUGGGUAGGCUUCUCCGCUGCUCUGAGUGCUUGUGUUCUAUCCGGUUUCGCAGGGAUCUAUUUCGAAAAAAUUCUCAAAGGUUCUGACAUCUCUGUGUGGAUGCGAAAUGUGCAAUUGAGCGUGUUAUCCAUACCGUUUGGCUUAGGCACGUGUUUGCAAGAUGGUCAUAUCAUACACAAGCAGGGCUUCUUUUUUGGCUAUGAUCUAUUUAUAAUUUAUCUGGUGAUCUUGCAAGCAGGCGGUGGGUUGAUCGUAGCCAUGGUAGUUAAGUAUGCCGACAAUAUAUUGAAGGGUUUCGCCACGUCUCUAGCCAUCAUCAUCUCUUGCAUAGCUUCCAUUUAUCUGUUCGACUUCCAUUUAUCAUUUCAAUUCACUUUAGGUGCGUUCCUUGUAAUAUGCUCAAUUUUCCUUUAUGGUCAUCAACCGAAAAUUGUAUCUCUCGAUAAGCAUACAUCUUCUGAAAAAGUCUGACAGUAGUGAAAAUACGAGAUUUAUUCUCGAUAUAACAUUAAUAGUCGAUUUUACAAGUUUUCACAACAAUUCUCAUUAAUUAACGUUAACUUGGUGAUAUGUAGUUUUUGUGCAAUUGAGCGUGAUGAUUUUAUCAAAGAUAGAAUCAAUUUAAAAGGCGAAACAAAUUUAAGGAUCAAUGUUGAUCGAUUUAAAUAAAGAAACAACAAAAAGAUAUUUAAAAAGAAUGAAGAUGAUAUUUGUAUAAAAAAGAAACAGUGUGUAACUUCGAUAAUAUCUUUUAUCGUAAAAUGCAAUUGUAUAUAUGAAGGAAUCAUAAGUGCAAUCAUGUUUUUAUAUUUGAUUCCGGUGUUUAUCUCUUUUGUGAUAGUCAGAUUUUACACAAAUAAUGAAUAACAUAGAAAUUAAAGUGAGAUUAUAUAUAUAUAUAAUAUAUAUACACACAUUGUAAUAAGUUUAUUGGAUUAUUGUAGAUACAAAACGUUGAUACUAUUUACUAUUCACUUACGAAGACUUGAUUUUAUUUUUAUAUAACAAUAGCUUUGAACACAUUCGCAUACAUUCAAUUAAAGUAUAUUAAAUAGAUCAGUAAGUUAUAUUUACACUAUGUACUUAAGUAGAUUUUAAUAAAUACUGUUUCUAUCAAAA